UCUGUGGACUCAGAAAGAGCUAUCGGCUGAGACCAGAGCAGGACGUGGAGGGUUUUACCCAAAAUUACUUUUUACAAAUGGGCCCCGUCGCCUAGCGUUUAAUCCUUUUACUUGAGCCUUGCCCUAUGAGAUCUCGCACUUCGUGCUUCUUCACCAUCCAGCACACGCAAAAGGUUUUCCAUCUGCAUAUACUUGACUGAAGCAAUGGCUGCUAUACCAUCCGGCGGGUCUCUUGUGGCCACCCAUGACUACUACCGAAGGCGCAUCGGCUCCACCUCCAGUAACAGCUCCUGCAGCAGUUCGGAGUUCAUCGGGGAAGUCAUUCCGCACCAUCCUGGUCUGCCCAGGCAGGAUUCUGGACACUGGUGGUCCAGUUUCUUCUUUGCGAAACAGAACCAGCCUGGUGUGGCUCCUGGGGCUGACCUCCAGCAGAAGGUGGUCAGCAUGAGCAACGGCCAGGUCACCUGCGUUGCCAAGGAGAUGGUGAAGAGGCAGAUGAGCGAGACCAGUGAGGCGGGCAGCGUCACCCCUCCUUAACUUCACCCUCUGCCCCGCCCCGCCCCACCCAGUAGAUCGACGCUAGGAGACGGGGGUGCACCCCAUUUCGUAUUUUUGUACAUUUUAUAGUAGAAAUAGGCUGCUGUUUGUGUGUAACUACUACUAUUACCAUUGAUGACCAAAAAAAACAAAAAAAUAUUUCAAAAAAAAAGGAACAGCAGAAAAGAGAACUCUCAUAUUAAAUGCUAUAACACUUUUUUUUUCCAUGUGUCUAACACUGUAGUUGUUGUGAGCAUUUCCACUUUGUCACCCUUGCUUUUUGAAGAUGAAUAAAGUAGCAUCAUGCAGCCUA